UGCAGCGCCUGUGCCGAGCUUGGUGGAGCUUGCCUUUUGAAGGGUGCACAGCGUACCUGCACGACCGCUAGCGUAGUGGUGUAUUAUUGAGCGCCCAGAGAUCUGCUUGCAGCUGCGGGCCCAAAGUGCUGAGCUCGCGCACGCCUGGCAGCAACACUGUGAGAGCACUCUUGGGCAGUGAUUGCACCGUGCCGGAGCGGCGGCAGGAGCGCCUGAUCGCAGGUUAGUUCGUGCGACUGAGGGGGGACACUGAGCCCGCGCGCAAGAAGACAACGGACCACACCAUGGCACUAUACUACAUCGGUGCAUUUAUGGCCGUGCGAGCGCUCCCGUCGGCCUUCGACCGAGCCCGGUCGGCCGAGAAGGACUUCGACGUGCUGCGGCAUACCGGCGGCAGUGACGGCCCGCGCGUCCUCUUCGUGGGCGGAAACCCGGGCGUGGCGCGGUUCUACGCCGCCGCCGCGCAGGAAUUGGCGGAUGCGACGCGGGGCGACGUCACUGUUCUCGGGCUCCGCGGCUUCGUCGACGGUAGGCGAGUCUCACGACACUGGUGGGGCGACGCGUCGCGCUGGGCGCUGAACAGACCCAGGGGUGCAUUCUCCGUGGACGAGCAGAUUAAACACGUGGCCGGAGCGAUCGACGGCGAGCGCGCGCUCGCCGAGGGCCAGGGUCGGCGGUUGGUCGUCGUCGGUCACAGCAUCGGUGGUUAUUUUGCGCUGAAAGCACAACGAGACGUCCCUGUGGUGUGCGUCACGCCUUACUUGGAAAACAGAGAAGCCGAUCCGGCCUUCCGAAAACUUAGACGGCUCGUGACGUCGCCGCUCGCGCCCGUUCUCGCCUUCUCGCUCGCGUCCUUCUCUACAUUACUCGGUAUAGUUCCGAAAGUCGUGCGACGCCGCCUCCUCCGCGCGGCCGGCGCGACGGCCGGUAUGGAUCGCGUCCACGAAGAUGUUACUGCCGAAACCAUGUGUGGCUUUGGCAAUGUCGUCACGAUGCUCGGCCUCGCCAGAGAUGAAAUGCGGGUGCUGCACAAGCCGUUCGACGGGCCGUACCCCGCCGGGCUCGUGCUCUUCGACGACCCGCCGGACGUCUGGUGCGCCGCCAAAGGCCCGCUCGUCGACCGCGCGCGCGAGGCCGGGGCCUUGAUUCGAAAGGUGAGCGCCCCGCAUGCCUUUGGCACGCGCUCCGACGCCCGCCACCGCGUCGUCGCGACCGUCGCAGAACUCGUCGCCGCGGUCGCGGCCCCGACGACGACGACGCCGUCGUGACGCCUUCGACGCGCGGCUAAGUCUGUGUGUGUCAUA